AUGGUGCGCAAGAAGAGGAAGGGCGUGAUCAAGGAGGCGCAGGCCGAGGGCGCGGCGGCCCCACGCGGCGUGGAACUGCGACGCGUAAUGGAGGAGGUGCCCGCGGACGCUGCGCUGCCGGCGGCGCUGGGCGCCGGGAGCUUGGCGCAGUGGUACGCGGCGCUGUGCGAGGCGCACGGCAGUCUGUACGAGCAACUCAAGCGGCUGCAGCUCUUCCGCUCGCAGUGCAAGACGCUGCAGGACGCAGACGUGCAACUUAAGGCGGCGAUCUGGCGGCUGGUUUUCCGCCUCAGCGUGGCGCCGCGCGCGCAGCCGCUGCGCAAGAACCUGGGGCUGAUCCUGGACGUGCUGGCGCAAGGCGGCUCCGACGCGCGCGUGCAGGGGCUGCGCGUGGUGGCGGCCGAGGAGCUGCGCGCGUUCUUGAGCGCGCUGUGGGCGGAGGCGGAGCAGGAGACGCCCGAGCAGCGCGUGCAGCUGCUGGACCGCAUGCUGCACCUGGUCGAGUCGCCGUUCCUGGCGCGCGCGCUGGUGGAGAACCCCGUGGACGGCGCGCGCAGCGGAGACGCACAGCAUUUGCUGCAGUUCGUGGCGAGCUGCGCCGAGCAGCUGGAGGCGCUGGGCGCGCCCAUCGUCGAGUACCACGAGGCCAAUCAGGGACAGGAAGAGCAGGAGCAGGAGGAGGCCGCCGCGGCGUCCACGAACGUGGUGCUGCUGGCCUCGGAGCGCUGCGGCCACGCGCUCAAGAGCGUGAUCGUGCUGGCCACGAUGAAGGAGGUGCUGGACCGGCGCCUGCUGCAGUGCCGCGGAGACGGCCUGGAGCAGCUGGUAGAGGCCUUCCUCCGCAUCGUCAAGCACUGUGUCCUGCUGCUGCAGACGAACGUGGUGCACAAGGACCUGCUGACCCAGGCGGGACUGGCGUACUGCUUGGUGCUGCGCCUGCUGCUGCAGUUGUCAGUCCACAGCUCGGGAGAGUCUUCCACCUUGGCGACCAAGCUGCUGCUGCAGACGGCGUACCCGGAGCUGAAGGUUAUCAGCGUGGACGACUGCGACAACGCGCAGGUGCGAGCGCACAUUGAGAAGGACGUCGAGAGCUUCGGCGACCUGUCGAGGCUGGCGGUGUGCCGCGGCUUGCUGAACAGCCUCGCGAACGAGGAGCUGGCACUUCCGGCCAAGAACCUCGGACUGGAUGAAGAGCAGAAGUCGGAGCAGAGCGCGCUCGACGCGAUCUUUACUGGCGUCCAGCAGUUCUGCGACCAGGAGGCGUACAACACGCGAUUGUUUGCGUUCCAGGUGCUCGAGGCGUUCCUCCGUCGCGCGGUGACGAUCUUGCAGAAGCAGAAGGAGCCUGCCGCUAACGGCGAAGAGCGUCCUGCUGUGUUGGCGGUGGAGACGCUGACGAACCUGACAACUGCGGUGUUGCUGAACUGGGAGCACCCGUCCAAGAAGGUGAAUCAGUUCAUGGCUGCCGUGUUCGCUCACAUCGUCAACUACUUUGUGCUUUCCGGUGGGUUCCAGGAGUGGAGCGAUGCGAUCUUGCCGCGGCUGGUCGAGCUGCCGCCGACAAGUCGAGCCAAGUACGGGUCCUUGACGCUUCUGGUCGCCGAAGCCGGUGCUAAGCCCGUGCUCCAGGCCAGCCCUGCUCUGUUGUCGUCGCUACUCUCGGCGGUAGGCCAGAAGGACUACGCCGCGCCAGCUGCUGCUAACUUGUUUGCGCAGAUUCUCGACGACCUCAGCCAGGGAGGUGACAAGAAGAGCGGUAAGAAGAGCACUUCGAAGCCUGAUGAUGAGUCCAUGACUGCGUGGCGGCUUCUGUGGCUCCCGGAUGUGGUUGGUGUACUGCUCUCGCGUGAUGCGAAUCUGCGUUCGCGCGUGGCGAUGUACGUGAUUCCUCUCCUCCUGAAAAAGGACCCUGAUUGUGUGCCCGUCUUGAUUAAGCGUCUCCACGAGGAAGCUACAAAGGAGCAUAUUGCUGGCGAAGCGGCCGAUGUUGCGCUGUGGGCAGAGCUCGAAGUGCUCAAGUUCGCGCGCAAGAAAAUGGCACCUGAGAAACUGGUGGGCAUGUCAAUGAACGAGAUUGAGCGUGGUCUUCGCCACGCCAAGGUGGAAACUCGUGGUACUGCUUUCGAUGCGUUGUGCGCGUCGCUGAAGUCGACCAGUAUGCCGACGGAUGAUGAGUUACGCCUGGUGAAGUACUAUUUGGUGGUGAAUGGAAAAGAAAUUGGACCCGCUGGUCGCAUGAACACCCUGAUCGGACUAAAGACCGUGCUGAUCCGUAUCAAGGAGACGCUGCGUCUUGCCAGCAAGAAUCAGACGAAGCCAAACCCCACAGCCUCAGCUCGCGACGAUUAUGCUGCUGCAGUGGCGUUCAAGCAAUGGGUGGAGCUGUUCGUCGUCACCUCGGUGUACCCUGGCGCGCUCCCACAGCGCUUGACGCUGGGCCUAGAGGUUCUUCUCCUGUAUGUCCAGUUGUUCGGUUUUGGAAAUGACGAAGCUCCGACGGAGAAACCUGCACGAAGCCUCUUGCUCACGGGCCAAAUGGUGACGACCCUGUUGAACAUGCUCAUUAGCGCAUGGGACUCAAUUCGGUCUCUGGCGUUUACAGUUUUGGACUUGUAUCCGGACGAGCUGCCGGGCUACUCGACGCGUGAAGAACUUCGUACUCUUGUUGACUGGGCCGUGGGACUUUGUGGCAGCCCCCGCCAACGUGAGAGUGACGCUGGCGCGAUGUUCAUCCGCUUGUUGUUCCAGAAGUGCAGCGGGUCUAUUCAACGAUUUGGCUUGACGUUCCAGCGCGAUUCGGAGCGUGGACGUGAUGUCGUUAUUGAUGCUAGCAGCAAAAGCCCAGAGGUAGCGUUCGUGCUUCAGCUGACUCAAGUGAUUUUGUCGCGUGUUGAAGCUUUGAGUCCCGCUGAGAUUAGGCGAGGCGAGUCUCCGCUUGUGCAUGGCUUCUUGCUGUCGUUGCACUAUGUACUUGAGAACGUGGCUUUCGAUAAACUCUCCGACAGUGAAGCCGCAGAGUGGCCGCAUGCCAUGACGCAAAUUUUCACGGCUAUUCACCAAUCGAUGCGUGCAUCUCUUGCCGUGGUUGGCGAUGCUACCUCCGGCGCCGGCGAUGAGGAGCUGUCGGCUUCGUUUGCUGGAGUGGUGGGCGAGGUGAGCGCUGUGGCUAAAACGUCGAACUCUGCUCUUCGCGUAGACUGCCGUGGCCACUUGAUCGUUGAGAAUGGAGAAGGCGGUCUUGAUGGAGAGGAGGAUGAUGGCAACGCAGAGCAACGUGCUGUGGUGGGCAGCUGGCUGGCAGCCCGAGAGUGCGGAGCCAUCCUCGAACUGCUCAUGCGCCGUGUUCCGCUCCCGAGCUCCAACGCAGCUCCGGGAAGUGUCUCUUACUUCACCGUUGAGAUGGCACAGCGUGGUGGUGAGACGUUGCUGAACUCGCUGUUCGAGCUGAAGCACAAGGGUGCGGUGGCCACUGCGUACCAGGCGUUUGAAGGUGUCUGCCGUGCGUUCCUUGCCCACGGUGAGCAAAAUGCUGAGCUUGGCGGCCUGCCUGCGCGUUGGGCCGAUCGCUUGUUGGAGCGCUUGGAGAGGUCAGAGCAGCACUUCAUCCUGCGUCGUAGCUCAGGCUUCGCGUUUAGCUUCGUGGCGAUUCUCCGUGCAGAGCCUCGCAAUUCUGCUGCGGUUAUUCUGCCUAAGGUCAUGUCGACGUUGCUGCGUCUUGCGGGCGAGGACACUGACGCGGCGGAGAAGCGUGAUACGCACCAGGAGCACCAUUCGCUGUGGCGCGCACGUGUGCACGCACUCAACAUUCUGAAGCUUAUUUGCCAAGACGGAGUGCUGGCGGAGGAUGUGGCUCGUUACAUCGUGGAUAUGCUCGAGCUUGCUGUGCGUGGCUUCGACUGUGGAUCGUGGGCUGUGCGCAACUCGUCUAUGAUGCUUUUCGCUGCGACGACUCAGCGUGCGAUUGGAGACAAGCGCAUUGCCGAUGGCGGAACUCGCCAGCAGGUUUCCAUCGACGACGUGUUCUCGCGUUUCCAGCAGCUGCGUGGCUUCCUCGCUCGUGAAUUGUCGAGAUUGUUGGCAAGCGACAGCAAGCCUAGUGGCACCCUGGGCGGAGCGGCCCCGCCUGGCCUCUAUCCAUUGUUGUUGUUCUUGAGCCGUCUUCGACCUGGUGACGAGGAUGACCAGCGUGUGGCUGAUGCACCUGCCUCGCCGUGUGAUGGCAGCGGGCUCGCGAGCUUCGUCCCGCUCGCCAUGAAGUGCGCCUCUCAACCGACUAUGGCUAUCCGACACAUGGCUGCGAAGGUGGUGGCUUCGAUUGUAAGCGAUGCCGAUGCUGCAACUGUGCUAUCUAUGCUCUGUGAGAAGCUUCCGCAGGGUGUCCGAAGCAGCAAGGACCCCAAGGGUGUGUCACACAACUACGUCCACGGAGUACUCGCUCAGAUUCGCCACCUUAUGACGAAAUACUUGUUCGUUGGAGAUACCCAAAGGAAGUCCACACCUAUCUCGAAGGAAGCGCAGGCGGAGUUCUUUGAGGUCGUGGUGACGAAGUUGCUUCCGUCGACAAUGUGGCUGUGGACUGGUAAGGACGCUCAGUCGAUUAAUGCUGUCAUUCGGGCCGAGCUUGUCGCAACUGUGGAUGUUGUUCUCCGAUUCUACAAGGAGGAUGCAUCGGUUGCGCUGUCGGGAGCAACGAAGGAGGCACUUGCUGAGACUGUUAAGGCGCUUCAAGCUGAAGUUGAACAACAGUUGUUACAGCGGUGCGAUUCCGAUCGCGUUGCUGCUGUGCUGCUGUCCACCCGACCGGGUAUGUACGUGUUGGAUCGUGCAUUGGUGUCGAUUUGGUUCAGCUUGUGGACAAUGCCGGCCAGUGGUCAGCAGCUGCAUGAACUCGUCCGGAAGAUGCUGGUGUGCAACGCUGUUCAGAUCCGCAAGAAGGCUAUCAAGAAGUUUGCGAACAAGCUGGUUGUUGCAGAGUUGACAACGGAUGCUGUCGCCGAGCUGCAGACCAUUUUGAUCGGCCAGUUCCUCGUGGAGACACACCCGAAGGUGCGCGCCAGGCAACUCCAGCUACUUGUCCGUUGCCAGCUUCGCCAACCGAUUGCUGAUGCUCAUCCCCAGAGGCAGCAACUGCAAACCCAACUGGCGAAUACUUUGAAUAUCUCGGCAGACACUCAAGUAUUGGCCCCGACAUUGGAGCUGCUCGCCCUCUUGGUAUACCACAAAAGUGCAUCUGCUGCUAGUCCUGACACUGCGCUGUAUCAGACUUUGAGCCAAGAAAUCGAGCAACGCUCUGACGAGAACCAACCCCUGAUUCUCCGCGAAGCCGCUGCUUCCUCGCUCCACCACAGCGGACUUCUGCUCCUGCAUAAGAAGGAAGGAUCUGUCGCUUCAAGCGCGAAUCUCGCACUGGGAGGCUGGAUGAGCGCUCUGCGUCUGCUUCAAGAUGACGACGUGCGCGUGAGAGCUGUUGCGCGGCACGCUGUCCAAGAAGCUCUUGCAAAGGCUGAGGAUGGCAUCGCUUCGUCUCCGCGUGGCUCGCUGUCAGAUGCAACGGUGCUGCCGCUCGCUGUAGAGUAUAUUGCAUCUUCUUUCGCGCGUACUGGACACGGCGCUGCAUCUCUGUCGAAGGUGCUCUUUGAGCUCGUGGACGCGCCCAGCGUUCUUGCCGCUUACGCCGGUGCUGCUGGCGCCAAGGCCCAAGACUGGGACGACCUGUACCGCCGCAUUUUCGAGUCCGAGAGCAGCAACUACUUCGCUGAACGCGACGUGCUGGCACAGAACAUUGUUUUCUCGCUGCUGGCUCGCUCUGUCAAGGACGAUGGGGAGUCCAUGCAUCUUCUGCGCCAGCAAGUUCUCACGGCUGUGGCCAGUGCACUCACCACGCUGAACCAGGAAGCUCGGCGUGAAGAAGGCAGCCAGUGGCUAGGAGGUAUCACCUACUACUCGGAUGUGUUUGCCCCUCUCCUAGGCCUCCUCGCUGCUGGCGUGGCCAUCCUGACUUCGGCCUCGUCUCCGCCCGGUGCUGAAUUGCAGCCCCUGGCUUCCCAAGUUCGCGAGCUCGCGCAGGAUGCGUGUGCCAUCCACACUAACGACGACGCUACGCACCCGCUCGUGCUGCGUGCACUCGAUCUGCUUGCGAACAAGGAUCGGGAGUCUUCGAAGCAGGCCGGAGCUGAGCCUGUUACUGAGCUGCUGUAUUUGACCCCGCACUGGACAUCUUUGGGCGGUUCAAAGGGCGACUAA